AUGGCGAUUAACGUCUCCUGCUUCCCUCCCCUCUCCUCCCCCUUCUCCUCUCCCUUCUCCUCCCCCUUCACCUCCCCUUUUGCCUCCCCUCGCGCCUCCCCUCCCGGCUCCCCUCGCCCCUACGCUCUCCACCGUUCCCCUCGCUUUCGACAAAAACACCCCUUCCCUCCAUCCUCUCCCACUGCCGAGGCCAACAGCAGCAGCUCCGUUAUUAGCGCACUCAAUAGCGGCACUGCAAGCAUCGGCAUGUCUGCUCGGAGUAUGACUGUUGAUGGGACGUCCUAUCUGGAACAGGAGCGUACAGGAGGAAGGGGAGAGAGUGGGGAGGGAGGAGGGGGGGAGAGCGACCAGGAUUACUCGCAGCGCGACUGGCAACAGGCAUCUGACCGUCCAUCUGAAACUGCAAAGUCAACGUUGCAUCCCAGCCGCUCGUUGCCUGCUCUUGCUCCUUCCAUUUUUACCAUUGGCUCUUCCCCCCUUUCUGCCGCUCUUCCUCCUCCUCCUGCUGCUGGUGCUGCUGCUGCUGCUGCUGCUGCUGGUGCUGCUGCUGGUGCUGCUGCUGUUGGUGCUGCUGCUGAAGAUGAGGAUGCUGCCAUGAUACCAGAGCCAAACAGACGACACACCACCGGGAGUCAGCCCAUGCUGCCAAGCAACCCUCCCUUAAUCACCACCCCCGGGAGAGAGGAGGGGAGAGAGGAGGAUGAGGAGGAGGAGGAAGAGGAUGGGGAGGAGGAUGAGGAUGAGGAGGAGGAGGAGGAGGAGGAGGAGGAGGAGGAGGAGGAGGAGGAGGAGGAGGAGGAGGAGGAGGAGGAGGAAGAGGAUGGGGUGGAGGAGGAGGAUGGGGAGGAGGAUGAGGGUGAGGAGGAUGAGGAGGAAUAUGCUGAUGGGGAUGAGUUGACUCCAAUGACCUCGCCUGUAGCAACUACUGUGGCCCUUUCCCGCUCUCCUGUGCUUAGUCGGAGGAAGAACGAAGAGGAGGAGGAGGAGGAGGAGGAGGAGGAGGAGGAGGAGGAGGAGGAGGAGGAGGAGGAGGAGGAGGAGGAGGAGGAGGAAGAGGUGGAGGAAGAGGAGGAAGACGAGGAGUUUACUGCAGCCCCUAGUCCUAUGGCGCUGUCCCCCUCCUCAUCAUCAUCCCCCUCUGGCUACCCUGUCUCCAUGUCCCCACCACCUCGCUCCCCUAAAGUGUCCAGGUUCAACGCACCUGGACAGAAGAAGAGGGGCAAAAAGGGAGGCGGAGCAGAGGGGCCAGAGAUGGGUGUAGGGUUUCCCAUCCGAAGGGGAAAAACUGGGGCUUCUGGAGCUUCUGCUGCUAGUGUCUCAGGUGGUUUUUCAGGUGGUUUUUCACAUGGUGGGGUUUCAGCAGGUGAGCCUUCAGGUGGUGGGACCGGUGGGAAGCCAAAGCACAGACAGUGCAAAUCGUUUUCUGGCUUUGACUUUGGACAAACGCUUCUUGAGGAUCGGCCGAAAGAGUCCAGGUUCAAUGCACCUGGGCAGGAAGCGGGAGGGAGGACUGAUGGUGGGGGGAAUUCGGGGCGAAAGGGGGCAGUACAGCAAAAGGGGGAGGGAGUGCAGGCCAACAAAGCUCAGCGUGCCAUCCCAAAGGCAAACACAGGGGGUUCUGUUGCUGCUGCUGCUGCUGCCGCCGCCGCCGCUGCUGCUGCUGCUCGGGCUUCAGGUGGUGGGAGUUUAGCAGGUAAAAGUUCAGGUGGGGGGGUCGCUGGUAGCCCCAGGCACAGGAAGUGCCAGUCGUUUUUUUAUUCGACUCAGGAGUUGAAUCAUGAGCCGACUCAAAAGUCAGGUGGGGGGAAUGUAGCAGGUGAUAAUUCAGGUGGGGCGGCUGCUAGUAGCCUCAGGCACAGGAAGUGCCAGUCGUUUUCCGGCGUUGACUUUGGCUUGAUUGCACCUGGAGAGACGCUUCUUGAGGAUCGGCCAGAAGAGUCCAGGUUCAAUGUACCUGGGUGGGAAGCAGUAGGGAAGACUGGUGGUGGGGAGAAGACGGGGAAAAACAGGGCAGUACAGCAAAAGGGGGUAGUACUGAAGAAGGGGGCGGGACGAGAAGAGGGUGCGCGGACCAGCAAAGUACGGCUUACCAUCCCGAAGGCAAACACUGGGGGUUCGCUGGCUGCUGCUUCUCCUACCGCCGCCGCCGCCUCUGCUGCUGCUGCUGCUUCUGCUGCCGCUGGUAGCCUCAGGCACAGGAAGUGCCUGUCGUUUUUUGAUUCGACUCAGGAGUUGAAUCUUGAGCCGACUCAAAAUUCAGGUGGGGGGAAUGUAGCAGGUGAUAAUUCAGGUGGGGGGACUGCUAGUAGCCUCAGGCACAGGAAGUGCCAGUCGUUUUCCAGCGUUGACUUUGGCUUGAUUGCACCUGGGCAGGAAGCAGGAGGGAAGACUGGCGGCGGGGAGAAUUCAGGGCGGAACAGGGCAGUGCAGCAAAAGGGGGCGGGACGAGAAGAGGGAGUGGGGGCCGGCAAAGCACGGCUUGCCAUCCCGAAGGCAAACACUGGGGGUUCUGUGGCUGCUGCUUCUCCUACUGCCGCCGCUGCCGCCGCCGCCGCUGCCGCCGCCGCCGCUGCUGCCGCCGCCGCUGCUGCUGCUGCUGAUUCUGCUGUUGCUGCCUCUUCUAGCCCCAAGCACAGGAAGUGCCAGUCGUUUUCCAGCUUUGACUUUGACUUGUUUUCACCUGGGCAGACGGGUUUCGAGGCACAGCCACAAGAGUCCAGGUUCAUUGUACCUGGACAGAGGAUGCCCAAGGUGCAAUACAAAGAGGCCAGGUUCUACGCACCUGGACAGGAAGAGAGGAGGAGGACGGGUGGGGGGCCCAAGGAUGGGUAUGAAGGGGCAGUAGAGCAAAAGGGCACGGGACGAGACGUGGGAGGGAAGACUGGUGGUGGGGAGAACUUGGGGCGAAACAGGGCAAUACAGCAAAAGGGCGUGGGACGAGACGUGGGAGCAUGGGUCCAACAAGCACGGCUUGCCAUCCCAAGGGGAAACACCGAGGAUUUAGUAGCCACUCAUACUGCUCAUACGGCUGCUGCCGCUGCUGCUGCUGUUGCUGCUGCUGCUGCUGUUGCUGCUGCUGUUAGUCGUGGUGGUGGUGGUAGGGUUUCAGGUGAUGGGAUUUCAGCAGGUGAAAAUUCAGGGAGGGAGGGAGGGAGAGGAGGGGAUAUAGCGAGCAGAGGGCGUAGAGAGGAGGGCUUGAGUGUGUGGGAAAUAGAAGACGGGAGGGAGGGAGGGAGAGGAGGGAGAGGAAUGGGGAUAGUGGGUAGAGUGGAGAGCUUAUGUGAGUGGGAUGUAGGGGACGGGAGGGAGGGAGGGAGAGGAGCGGGGAUAGCGAGCAUGGGGCAUAGAGAGGAGAGCUUGAGUGUGUGGGAGAGGAGGAGUGGGCGGGAGAGAGGGGAGGGAGGUGGAGGAGGAGGGGAGGGAGGAAGUUUGUCACCUAGAGUAGUGUUGCUUGGUACCGAGGCGAAGGGAAGAGGAGGAGAGAGAGAGGCGGAUGGAGGUGGGAGGAGGGGAGGGAGAGGAGGGGAAGGAGGAGAAGAGGGAGGGUUACUGACGUCACCGGCUGUGUUGUUUGCUUCUUCUGGGGUGAAAGGAGGAGAAGGAGAGAAAAAUAUGGAUGGGGUGGCGGAGGCAGCAGCAGCAGAGGCACAGGCGUUGGUGGGGUUGGCACAGGCGUUGGUGGGGUUGGCACAGGCGUUGGUGGGGUUGGCACAGGCGUUGGUGGGGUUGGCACAGGCGUUGGUGGGGUUGGCACAGGCGUUGGUGGGGUUGGCACAGGCGUUGGUGGGGUUGGCACAGGCGUUGGUGGGGUUGGCACAGGCGUUGGUGGGGUUGGCACAGGCGUUGGUGGGAGGAGGAGAGAUGUGA